CCCUCCUCGAGUCUUGCUGACACCUAUAAGUAACCCAUUCACACCACCGCCAUUACCAACCUCUUCCACACCAUUCGACCUUGAAAACCCUUGUAGGCUUCUAUUGAUUCUCAAACUCCCAAGAAUACCAAUUUCAGAGAUGGCUGUAACGCCUGAGCAAAACCCAUCAUCUGCUUUUACAGGAACAGUGGAUGAGAUAAUGAGAAUCUACAGAUUAUUACCACCGAGACCCACCAUUGAGGAGAUUGAAGCGGCUGAAUCUGUUCUCAGAACUGUAGAAAGUGAAGAACAGAUGAAGCUUGAGGAUAUCUCUAGAGAGAAGAAACCCAAGGAUGUCCCAGAAGAGAUUUUCUCUGUAUUGCAGGAAGUGAAGAAGAACUCGGUCAUUUUGCAGAGUCAUGAGCAAAGUAGAGAGGCUCGUUACUUGGUUGAUCUUGACAAGAUGUUUCAGACUAUUGAUGAUCUCAUUCAGAGAGCUUCUGGGUUUGUUUCUGGAGAUACCCAGGAUCAGGAAUCGGUUGAUUUGGGUACCCCGGUUCGUGAAACAAUCGCUGUUAACAGAGAUUCGAAUCUGAUCAGGAAAAUGGGUAUUGAAGGAGCUGAAUCAGAUGUCCCCAGGGGUCUGAUGCGUAGCUUUUCAACAAAGGGUGGAGUUCCUGCAGGAGAUUCAUGGAAACUAAGCUUAAUGAAGGUCGCAGGCUUGAUCGAAACCUUUGCUAGAACUGGAGCUGAAGUUCUUGACCUUGGAGGAAAGUUAAUGGAACAGAUUGAGAGUCCUCCAGUGUCAAUUGGGAAACUAUCCCAUGUCACUGAGUUGAGCUUGUCUGGGAACCGCAUCAUGGCUCUUCCAUCCAGCAUUGGUGGCCUCAGGGCAUUGACAAAGCUUGAUAUCCAGUCUAACCAACUGAUAAACCUUCCUGAAUCAUUUGGAGAACUUGUCAACCUGACUGAGCUAGACUUGCAUGCAAACAGAUUAAGAUCUCUGCCAGCUUCUUUUGGGAACUUGACGAAUCUUAUUGUUCUUGAUAUGAGUUCAAACAAUUUAAUCAUACUACCACCAAAUCUGGGAAAUCUAACUCGUUUAAAAAAAUUGAAUGUGGAAACGAACGAACUCGAGGAACUUCCUUUCACAAUUGGGUCUUGUUCAUCACUGGUGGAGUUGAGAUUGGAUUUCAAUCAGCUAAAAGCACUUCCAGAAGCAAUUGGGAAGCUUGAAUGCUUGGAGAUUCUUACAUUGCACUAUAGCAGGAUUUCAGGAUUGCCUACAACUAUUGGUAAUCUUUCUAGGCUGAAAGAACUUGACAUUAGCUUCAACGGAGUUGCGAAUCUACCGGAGAGCUUGUGUUCCGUUACCAGUCUUGUUAAAUUGAAUAUUGGUAAUAACUUCGCUGAUAUGACAGCUCUACCAAAGUCAAUUGGAAAUCUUCAGAUGCUUGAAGAAUUAGAUAUUAGUAACAACCAGAUACGAAUUCUACCAGAAUCUUUCAUAUUCUUGUCAAAGCUACGAGUUUUUCAUGCAGAUGGGACACCUUUAGAAGUGCCACCAAGACAAAUAACUAAAUUGGGGGCUCAGGAAGUUGUUCAGUUCAUGGCUAAUCUAGUUGCGAUGAAGGAAUUAAACUCUCAACCACAGAAGAAGAAGAAGAGCGUCUGGUCAUGGUUUUUUACAUUAUUUUAGUUCCUACAAAAGAAUCCAACUACAAGCAUUGAAACAAUGAAAGCUUGAUUUUACAAUUUCUUCAAUAUGCAAUUUGUAUAGUAGAUUUCUUGGAAGUUUCCUUGGAGCUGUUCUUUAUGUUAAUUAAGUCAUGUUGAUUUUAGUGCCUAUUACUGUAUUUUAGCUUACAGUAAGUUGCUUGGAUAUCAUGUACAUAGCUUAUCAAAUCUUCUUGUUCUAUAUUUCUCAUGUAAUAUAAUUUCCCAGAGCUAUUAUACUUGGAUGGAUUUUAUUGGAAUUGUCUUUACCCUUUUA